CCACUAUAAAUAGAGGAUAGAAAGGACCAUCAUCAACAACUUUAGAUCUUGGAAACCCUGCAAGUGCAAGGCCUUCCCUCUCUAGACUCCAUAAAACUUGCUUUUGUACCUCUGCUGUGCAUGGCCAAGGCUGGAAUUGCAAGAACAAAGAUGCUAAUUCUUAGAUCAUGCAGGGAAGCUCGACAUGUCCAUAAACAUUUCGCUUUUCUUUCAACAAUAAGACAACAUAAUCAUCAUCAACUGGAAGAAUCGAGAAACUCGAUCAUGGAAGCAAAGAAGGAGAACGGAUCUGAUUGGGUACCCCAUCCUCGCACCGGAAUAUAUGUGCUGAAGGGCCACGAACGAGUGUUGGACAAUGUACCAGAAAGUGCAGCUUCUCUUAAUAAUCAGACUUACUGGUUGAGGAAUGUUGAUGGUGUUGAGAAGCCUGACCCUGAUGUUCCUUCUGAUCAUCAUUAUUCGUCUAAAGAUUUCUAUUAACUACAUAUAUAAUAGUCCUUAUUGACUUAAGUUACUUUACAUGUUGUACCAGACUAUAUAAAAUCUAGGAAGAAGAAGCUAAAUGUAAUAUUGUAACUUGCCUAAGAAAUGCAAGGACAUGCGUUUCCAUAUGUAUAAAAAAAAAUUGAAUAAAAAUUCCAGUAAUAGUAACAAAUUUCUCUCAA